AUGAAGAAGAAAACCCCAAGAGUCAAAGAGAAGAAUAAUACAUCUACCAAAAAACUCCAACAACAAUUCACCCCCGAAGGUGCCCUUAUCACUAAUGCUGCUCUAAAUUCCUAUGUUCAAGAAUUCAUGAAAGAUCUUACUGAAGAUACCUAUAAAAUUCUAGAAGAACAAACCCAAACUACCUACACCGAACUUAUUCCACCCACCCAACCCGAAUCCAUCCUUCUCCAAAGCUCACCUUCUCUUCUAUCCCUUCUUGUUUCCUCACUAAUCAGUACAGCCACUCCCCCAACUACCACUGAUGAAGAAAAGAAAAGACGAGUCCUCCAACGCAGUGAGGCAUUCUCUUUCCUCAACUCAGCCCUUCUUGAUCUUCUUUCCAGUGACCUUAUCACUCCCGAAGAUACCGAAGAAAAUUCCACCCAUCGUCUCGCCGAAAUCCAACUCUAUCAAAACCUUCUCCAAACCAUUGAAACAACCAACAACCACAACAAACAACAAAUUCUAGCCCAAAGAAAGCCCCAUCUCGCCCAACUUUUCUAUUCAUCCCUUCUAGAAGCAAUCGAUACUAAUUUAGAAUCAGUCUAUACCAAGAAGUACAAGCCCAAGAAGAAGAAGAAAGAAGACGAUCUCACCUACACCACCGAAAUAGAAGAGCUACUAGACAAAAGAAACAAGCUCAAACAAGCCUGUAAUUCCCUUCCCGACCAACUUCAAGACCUUCAUACCCCAGAUCUUGCCCUCUACUCUCCCUUCAGCCAUCUCGACCAAAAAGAAGCAGAUCUCCUCUUCCGCCUCCUCCCCGCCUACUUCCAUGAUCCCCAAAAUUCACCUCUCACCACCCCACACUCUACCCCCCAGCCAAACCCCAACUAA